AUGUCGGUGACACUACACACCAACUACGGUGACCUCAAGAUUGAGGUUUUCUGCGAAAGUGUGCCGAAGACGGCUGAGAACUUCCUGGCUCUUUGCGCUUCGGGCUACUAUGACCUCUCCCAAUUUCAUCGUCUGAUCCCAAAUUUUAUGGUUCAGACCGGAGGCCCAGCGAACCCGACGCAAGAAAAUCCCAAGGGCGGCCAGUCCAUAUGGGGUGGCACAUUCGAGGAUGAGAUCCGGCCCGCUCUCAAACACAAUGCUCGUGGAAUCGUAUCAAUGGCAAACAAAGGCCCCGGGACGAACGGCUCUCAGUUCUUCGUUCUAUUCGACAAAGCGACGCAUCUUGAUGGCCUGAACACCGUCUUCGGCAAGCUGAUAGGAGACGAGAGCCUCGCAACGCUGGCCAAGUUGGAGGCGAUAGAGGUGGACAAGAAAAGCCGACCCAAGGCGAAGGCUUUCAUCGAGAAGGUCACCAUUCAUGCCAAUCCACUCGCCGGGUAG